AUGAUGGCGGAGGAGAGCAGCGUCUGCAGCUUUGUGUUCAAGAAGCGGGUGCGAGCCGCGGGCAGCGGCCAGCGGAAACGGCCCCGCAGUGAGCAGGAGCAGGACAGCAAUGGGGAGGAGGGCAGCACCGUGGUGCGGAAGAAGUUGCCCAGGGACACCCCCAACGCCAUGAUCCAAAAGACCAGGCGCUACAUGAGGGAGAGGCCGGAGCAUGCGCCAAGCAGCAGCGAGGAUGAGGAUCCUGACAAGGAGAUCGGGGUCACGUACAAAUCGACCAGGUCGGCAAAACCUGUUGGCCCAGAAGACAUGGGGGCCACAGCAGUGUAUGAACUGGACACGGAGAAGGAGAAGGAUGCCCAGGCUAUCUUUGAGCACAGCCAAAAAAUCCAGGAGAAGCUGAGAGGAAAGGAAGAUAAAAUUUAUUGUGGCAAUAAUAACUACCAGAAGUAUGUGAAGCCCAAGGACACAUCGAUGGGAAAUGCCUCUUCAGGAGUGGUCAGGAAAGGCCCCAUCCGUGCUCCGGAGCACCUGCGGGCCACAGUGCGCUGGGACUACCAGCCUGACAUCUGCAAGGACUACAAAGAGACCGGGUUCUGCGGCUUCGGGGACAGCUGCAAAUUCCUGCACGACCGCUCGGACUACAAGCACGGCUGGCAGAUUGAACGGGAGCUGGACGAGGGCUGCUACGGCGUCAAUGACAAUGGAAACUACGAGGUGAGCAGUGAAGAGGAGGACAUGCCUUUCAAAUGCUUCAUCUGCAGAGGCUCCUUCCAGAACCCCGUGGUCACCAAGUGUCGGCACUACUUCUGUGAGAGCUGUGCCCUCCAGCACUACCGCAAAUCCCAGCGCUGCUAUGUCUGUGAGAAGCAAACCAAUGGGGUCUUCAACCCUGCAAAAGAGCUCAUGGCAAAAUUGGAAAAACAUAAAGGGGAGGAAGAAGAGGAGCAAGAGUCAGACCAUCAAUAG